AUGUCUCUGCAAUUACUCAACCCGAAAGCCGAGUCCUUGAGGAGGGAUGCGGCCCUCAAGAUCAACGUCACUUCGGCGGAGGGGCUACAAUCUGUUCUCGAAACCAAUUUGGGACCCAAGGGAACCCUCAAAAUGCUUGUAGAUGGUGCCGGAAACAUUAAGCUGACCAAGGAUGGAAAGGUAUUGUUGACCGAAAUGCAAAUACAGUCGCCAACGGCUGUCAUGAUCGCUCGAGCAGCUGCAGCACAAGAUGAAAUAACAGGUGACGGAACUACUACUGUGGUUUGUCUCGUGGGUGAGCUCUUGAAGCAAGCUUAUAGAUUUAUUCAGGAAGGUGUCCAUCCAAGAAUGAUCACAGAUGGCUUUGAAAUCGCCCGGCAAGAAACUCUCAAGUUUUUAGAAUCUUACAAGAUGUCAAAAGAAGAAAGCGAGAGCCUAGAUAGAGAAUUCUUGCUUCAAGUAGCAAGAACGUCUCUGUCAACCAAGGUUACACCAGAGCUAUCUGAGGUAUUGGCACCCAUAGUCACUGACGCUGUCUUGACUGUUUAUAAUGGCGAGAACAAAUCUCUGGAUCUGCACAUGAUUGAGAUUAUGCAGAUGCAGCAUUUGUCAACAACGGAUACCAAAUUCAUAAGAGGAUUGGUCUUAGAUCACGGUGGGAGACAUCCUGACAUGCCAUCUCAAGUAAAGAACGCACACAUCCUGAUCUUAAACGUUUCUUUGGAGUACGAAAAGACUGAAGUGAACUCCAGUUUUUUCUAUAGUACUGCUGAUCAGAGAGACAAACUAGCCGCUAGUGAGAGAAAAUUUGUGGAUGACAAGUUGAAGAAAAUUGUUGACUUGAAAAAUGAGGUCUGUGGACUCGACUCAGAUAAAGGUUUUGUCGUCAUAAAUCAAAAGGGUAUUGACCCGAUGUCUUUGGACGUUUUAGCGAAGCACAACAUUUUGGCUUUGCGUAGAGCCAAAAGACGUAACAUGGAAAGGCUGCAACUUGUCACAGGUGGAGAAGCUCAAAACUCGGUUGAUGAUUUGACUCCGUCUAUUCUGGGAUAUUCAGGUCUUGUGUAUCAAGAAACCAUUGGGGAAGAAAAAUUCACUUAUGUUACUGAGACCAAAGACCCGAAGUCCUCCACAAUUCUUAUAAAAGGAGCGACGCAUUAUGCUCUAAGUCAGACAAAGGACGCCGUGAGGGAUGGUUUACGUGCCGUGGCCAAUGUCUUAAAAGAUCAAGCGGUUGUUCCUGGUGCCGGUGCCGCUUUCAUGGCUGCUUCGCACCAUCUCAAAAACAUUAACUACAAUAAGCUUGGUGCCAAGGGCAAGAAGAAAUCUGGUAUUGAGGCUUUUGCGGAGGCACUUCUGAUUAUUCCAAAAACCUUGGUGAAAAAUUCCGGCUAUGACCCUCUCGAUGUCCUAGCACUUUGCCAGGAUGAACUCCUGGAGGAUCCCAGUAGAAUAGUGGGGGUCAAUCUACUUGUUGGAGAUUCAUGCGAUCCAACGGUUGAGGGUAUAUGGGACUCUUAUAGAGUCAUACGCAACGCCUUGACCGGCGCCAGCGGAAUUGCAAGUAAUUUACUUCUUUGUGAUGAGCUGCUUAGAGCAGGUAGAUCGACAUUGAAGGAGGGCCCACCUCAAUAG